AUGGCUGCUGAGAGGGUCAUAACAUUCCUCUUCAUUUUAGUUCUAGUAGCUGCAUUGAUCUCCUUUGCGCAAGCCAAUCAAGGUUCAAACCAUAAGACAGCUCCAACUGGAAAGGAACUAGUGAAUGGCGCUGAUGAACUUGCUGCAAACGAGAAUUGGGUAAUUGGAGGGAGAAAAUUAAUGGUGCAAACGAAGAAGGUGAAGAUGAGUGGUGGUGUCGGACUUGGAGGGUCGACCGCUAUUGUUAACUUGUCUGAUGAGGUCGAUGGUCAUCAGUCAAGUUUCGAGACCUUGAAUGCUGAUUAUCAUGCACCAAGGCAUCCUCCUCCUAAGAAUAACUAAUUAGG